GGAAGAGAUUUUUCCACAUUUGUGGCUUCGGUGGACGCUGUACAUUCCUCCUAAAGUCCUAACUUCUAAACACACAUUUUCAUUUGUAAUUGUUACCUCCAUUAAAAUUGAAUCCAUAGAAUCUAGGAGCUCCAAGGAAGGGCGAAAAUGGCGUGGUCGAGCUUAGCUCCAUUGCAGAAGAUGCAGGUUCCUGCAAUUGUUUGCAAGAAGAAAGAUAGAGAAAGAGAUCAAAAUUACCCUUAUAAAGUCAUCGAAAUCACUCCCCCUCCUAAACAUCUUGGUGUUCGAUGCCUUCCUCUUAACGUUCAGUGUGGGGAAAGUGUCACGAUUGAAGGUCAAACAUACACAAUUUCGGCUGUUACCCAUCGGUACCAGCUGCGUAAGGGAAAGUAUGAACCAAGUGAGAAACGACUCGAUGUUUUGUCCACCGGAAGAUACAUUUUGAACCUCUAUCUUGAAAAUUUGUUGCAGAAAUCGUAGAAUUAUUUUUUUUUAUUGUAGGAUUGAUGUAAACUAAUUAGUUCAUUGUAAACCAAGAUUACCCAUGAAACUCUUGUGUACGGUAAAAUCAAAUAUAACUACUAUUUAUUGGUUAAA